AUGUCUAGUCAAAUGGCGAGACAAACGGGAUGUCUUGGUUUUGUCCACAUGUCAUACAGACCAAAUGGCAAAAGUUCGAUUGAUCUUUCUGAUCAAAUGGCAAGCUACAGUUCAGCUUUACGGAAGUCCAUCCGCUGGUACAAAAAACUGGCAAUAGAAGUACUGUUCGGUACUUCAAUGGUAAAUGCUCACAUCAUUUACAAGGAUAUUGAACAAAGCAACAUUCCAAUAAACGAUUUUCGCUUAUUGGUAACUGAAGACUUGUUGAAAUUCGAAGAUAAACGCGAUGUUGCGCAAACUCGUCAGCCAAGACAUCAAAUUCUUAAAACACAUCAAUUUACCAGACUAGACUGUAAAGCUCGAGAAAAUCGUCGAUACUGCAAAGGAUGCUACCAAAAAAAGGUGGAUGGCAUUAUCGAAAAGAAUAAAGUGAAGAAAGUUACUACCUAUUGUCAACAAUGCGAUGGAAAUCCAAGAUAUUGCCUCGAGUGCUUUAACUUAUACCACAAUAAAUAA